UCCGAAAUAAGGUCCCAUGGUGGUCGACCGGAAGGGGAGGGACUUAGGCUCUCUAUAAGACAGAAGCAGUGUCUGUGAUCUAUUGUUCCUCCUGUCCUUAAGUGAAUUGAACAGAUUUAAAGUUUAAGUGAUGUGUAUUUAUAACAGUGACAUGUAGAUCGCAUUAACGAGUUUCAAGCAAUUCUGUCAUCUGUAAAAUCCAUUUGGAGAAGAUAAAAAAAAUCCUUGGGAUUCAGGUGUCAGUGCCACAGGUUUAUUGACAGCCGAUAUGGCGUGAUGAACCUUCUGGUGGGUCCCGUGAGGGAGGAGGGCUGAGGAGCGAAGGAAGGAGAGAGAAUGAUGAGAGAGAUGACAAAUCCAGACAGAGAGCUGGGAUCCUACGUGAGAAACUGGAAAUACUCAGUGAACUCGAAGGCCAAAUGACUGGACGGAUGGAGUUACAUCCAUAAACAAACGACUGUCCUCGUGCAGAGUAUUUACCUAAGAAGACCCGAGGACACCCAUACCUGGUCUACUGGACAAAUCCUGGUUGUCACAGCGACGUCAAACAGAAAGCCAACACCUGCUCCCCCGUUCCUGUUAUAUUAGACACAUGGACUCAGCAAAAUGGCUGAUGACCGAAAUCUUAUACUUAUCAUCAUACACAGAUACACUGCCAAUAACUGCCUUACCUGAAACUGGCUUAAUUACUGGAUACAUCGCCGCGAGGAACAUAUUACGCAAAGGCAAAGCAAAAAAAAUAAGGUGAAGUACAGUAUGCCAGAGAAAGUGUGCAGGUUUCAAGGUCAGUGUUAUCAUAAGCUGAAGAGAUCAUGUCUGAGACGAGGAGCUCUGUUCCAAGAUCCGUUCUUUCCUCCUUCAGCCGAGUCCCUGUUUUACAAAAGAACGCCUCCUCCAGGCCUGACGUGGAAGAGACCCAGGGAACUGUGUAAAGACCCUCGACUAUUUGUGGAUGGGAUCAGCACAAGGGAUCUGCACCAGGGCAGUCUGGGUAACUGCUGGAUGGUGGCAGCCACAUCGUGUUUGGCAGCUGAAUCCUCACUCUGGAAGAAGGUGAUCCCAGACCACGCUGAACAGGAGUGGCACCCAAAGCGCCCGGAUCUGUACGCUGGAAUUUUUCACUUCCGUUUCUGGCGACUGGGCCAGUGGACAGAUGUCGUGGUGGAUGACCGCUUACCAGUUAGCGAGGAGGGAACGCUGCUCUUCUGUCGUUCUGCAACGCCGCGGGAAUUCUGGAGUGCUUUGCUGGAGAAAGCCUAUGCCAAGCUCAAUGGGUGUUAUGAGGCUCUAGAGGGAGGUAAUACCGCCGAAGCUCUGGUUGAUUUUACUGGUGGCGUCUCUGAACCGCUGAGUCUGAACCAGGAUGAGCUGAUCAAUCACGCUGAGCGGAGAAAAAUGCUGUUUCAGACACUAACCCACGCAAACAGCCACAAAGCACUCAUCACUUGUUCCAUUCGGCCAGCAGAAGGAGAGCAGGUGGAAUCAGUUCUGCCCUGUGGACUGAUAAAGGGUCAUGCAUACGGCGUGACUGCAGUCAGGAAACUGCGUAUGUCGGAGACACUGCAUGCCAUGAGUAACGCAGCUCGUCUGUACAUGGUUCGGAUGAGGAACCCCUGGGGCACGGCAGACUGGACAGGAGCUUGGAGCCAGGGGUCUCCACAGUGGGAGCAGCUGAGCCGCAGAGAAAGGGAGAAGAUGGGACUUAUUGUCCGAGAUGUUGGAGAGUUUUGGAUGGAGUUUGGGGAUUUCUGUCGUUACUUCACAGACAUGGUGGUGUGUAGGUUGGCAGAAAAAUCGUUCCUCUGGCCACAGACCCACUGGAGGGAGGUGUGCUGCCACGGGGCCUGGACCUACGGAUCCGGGAUCCCGCUUCCUUCCUCAUCUUCUUGUCGUCUGAACAUCAAGAACCAGAAGCCUUCAACAGGGCUCCAGUGGUCCAAACAAAGGCCGGCUCAGAGACGAGAUAAAAAAGAGCAAAGACUGAGUGAAAGAAAGAAAGAGGGACCAGCCCAAGGAGAAAAACAGAGAAAGAAAGAGCGUGCAGAAGUAAAACCGAAGCAAAUGAAGGGAGGAAGAGAGCGUGUGAAUAAACAAGGAGGGGUGGAGAGGAGAUGGGAGAGGCAACUUGACAGGAGAAGUCGAUGUGGAGGAUGUAUCAAUCACAGAGACACGUUUCUACACAACCCCCAGUUCCUUUUUGAACUGGUUGGAGACGGGGCAGAGGUGUUGAUAAGUCUGCAACAGGAGGACAGGAGGAUGAAAAGGAGGGAAGGAAGGGGGGAGAACCUACCAAUCGGCUUUGAGGUGCUAAGGGUGGAGGUGAAUCGUGUGUGUCGUGUCCAGUGUUUAUGUGAGCAGGCUGCUAGCUCUGUGUACAUGGACUCUCGUAGCGUCACUUUGCGUGUGACUCUUGGUCCUGGACGCUACGUCAUCCUCCCCACUACUUUCCAGCCUGGUGCCACUGGUCGAUUCCUUCUGCGUUUUUUCUCACACUCACACGUGCGUCUCAGGGAGUUGAAGGAAGAGCGACCUGCUCCUUCAGUCUGGCAGUGUUGUAUUCCUGAGCCCAGCGCUGUAACUACAGUCCAUCUGCUCAAAGCAUCCGUCCUUUGCCAUCCCAAACAAACAGCUCCUGAUGUGUAUGCUGUAAUCCGGUGUGAGGAAGACUCUGUCAGGACUAGAAUUUUCCAAAAAGAUGGAAGCCCUGAAUUCAACACCAAAGCCAUAUUUUACAGCAGGAACCCAAAGUCAAAAAUCUCCAUUGAGCUGUGGAAAAGAGGCUUGCUGUUGGACUCCUUCCUGGGUGGAGCACGACUUCAGACAGGAGGAAAUGAACAAGGACAAAACAGAGUGAUUGACUUGCAGGGUGGCCAAUCACAGGGCUGUGUUUUUGUAGAGACCUCCUCCAGCCAGUGCCUAACAGACCUGUGAUUGGCAGGUGUGCUCAAGGCAAUGCCUGAUGAUAUAUCAUCAAUGAACUGAACGAGACAAACAACUACAUUUCAUAAUUAAACAACAACUAAACUUCAGCACGGAAGUCCUAAAGUCAUCAUAUCUGCGGGACACUUAUUAUUGAACGAUAUUAUUGAUUUGACUGCACUUACACUAUUGGAUGAAAACUAAACCAAGCUGGUGAAAUGAACUAAUUUAAAAACUGAUGAUCGUUACAAUGGAUCUAAGGCUAUGUUUACACGGAAACGAUCUGAUGGCGUUGCGUUAUCACUUGUAUUCUGCAUUUAGACGAGCGUUAUAAACCUGCAUGGAUAUGGUGAUGCAAAAGUGUGUGAAAUUCGAUGUUGUAUGCACUCCAGGCGGCUAGGGGGCAAUGUGAAGCCUUGUGUAUGUAUGAAUGUAUGACCUUGUGAGGUUGAACACUGGCGGCAAUAUAAUCCAAAUUAAAAAUAGAUGAAGACCUGGAGGGGCCUAAAAUCAAAA